ACUUCGAAUUCCAAGUUGGAAAAAAGUUGGGGGAAAAAUAUUUUCCCACUCGGAGCUCAUUUUUCGUGAGUUCCCAGUUGACGUGAAAGCACUGAAGUCGGAGAUUUCCGAGUUCAGCUGAUUUUUGAACGCGACAAACGUCCAGACUUCGGUCAAUGACGCACAGACAGGAGUGCACUUUGAAACUGCAGGACUCUUGAGUAACCAUGCAGACAAUUGAAGUUCUGAAGUAUUCCAGACAGGCCCUCUCCAGCCUGGAUCCUACCCAGCAGCAGCAGCUCUUGGUGGCCGGGUCUGCGGUGGCCGUGGGCGGGCUGCUGACCUGUUAUUACUGGGUGUAUCAAGGGACGAAGACCAAGCGCAUCCCAAUAGGGGAUGGAUGGUGGGGGGCAGGAGAGAAGCCUCAGUCAGAGGAUGAGAAGGUUUUCCCCUUUCAGGUCCAGACUUCCGAUGAAGAGAUACAGGACUUGUAUGACCGUAUUGACAGGACCCGGUACACUGAACCACUGAAGGACACAGGCUUCCAGUAUGGCUUCAACUCUACCUACCUGAAGAAGGUGGUCUCCCACUGGAGACAUCAAUUUAACUGGAAGAAGCAGAUUGCAAUACUCAACAAGUAUCCUCAAUUCAAAACCAAUAUCGAGGGAUUGGAUGUACACUUCAUCCAUGUGCGUCCACCUCACCGUGAGGGCCAGAGGGUGUUGCCUCUAAUGCUGGUGCAUGGCUGGCCUGGCUCUGUCUAUGAGUUCUAUAGGAUCCUGCCCUUACUUACUGACUCGCUGGACAGUUUGGCUUUCGAAGUCAUCUGCCCCUCCAUCCCAGGAUAUGGCUUCUCCGAGGCCCCUCAUAAGCAAGGGUUUGACACUCUGGCUGCAGCGAGGGUCUUCCACAAGCUGAUGGAGCGUCUGGGUUUCUCAGGCUAUUAUCUGCAGGGAGGAGACUGGGGCUCAAUCAUCACUACUAACAUGGCCCAGAUGAAGCCAGAGUGUGUAAAGGGUCUCCACCUCAACAUGUUAACUAACAAACUGAGGGGGUUCGGUGUCCUGUUUUCAAUCCUGAUUGGCCGCUACCUGCCCUGGCUGUUUGGGUUCACCCGGGAAGAUGUCAGGAGAUUGUUUGGUUCAGUAGGUUUCAUGGAAAGGAACUUCUAUGAGAUCAUCAGAGAGACUGGCUACCUGCACAUCCAGGGCACCAAGCCAGACUCCGCAGGUUGUGGAGUGAAUGACUCUCCAGUAGGCCUGGCUGCUUACAUACUGGAGAAGUUCUCCACCUGGACUGACUUCAACAACAGGGACUUGGAAGAUGGGGGGCUGGAGAGGAAGUUCACCCUGGACGACCUGCUGACCAACAUCAUGAUCUACUGGACCACCGGCUCCAUCGUGUCCUCCAUGAGGUUCUACAAGGAGAACUUAAAGACCAACAUUGACAACAGACUGGAUAAUAAUACGGGGGUGUAUGUUCCUACAGGCCUGGCUGCGUUCCCCAACGAGGUAAGGCACGUGCCCCAGUCGUGGGCCAGGGACAGGUUCAGGAACAUCUACUCCUACUCUUACAUGCCCCGAGGAGGCCACUUCGCUGCCUUCGAGGAGCCACAGCUCCUGGCUGACGACCUGCUGCAGUUUGUGAAGAAGGUGGAGAAGUUGUAGAGUUGAUGGAUACAAGACGUCGACUCUCCACUCCUGCCAAGUGCCUGGAAGAAAAACCAGCAGGACUGCAGAACAUAAUAACACUACAGCUUGGAAUUGUAGCUUUGUACUAAAAACAUUAAUGUUAAUCUAAGAUAUAAAAUCAGAAGCACUGUCUGAUUAUCAGGUAAAUACUUGGUCUAUCAGUGAUGUUAACACUGCAAUAUGAUCAUACUCAGUGAUUGUGUUGGUGUAAUAUUAAGGCUAUACAGUCAACAUAAUGGACCUAUACUGUAAUAAUGAAAUGAUCAGCACUUCAAUACAGAUGUCUUGAAAUUCAGAUAACAAAUGUCUUCCAGAUUGCACAACAACUGUGUGAAAGCAGCCUAAAAUCACAGAUGUCUGUUCUUCUCUUAUUGCAAUAAUGAAAUACUGCUAUAGUCUACUAUACUACUACUAUAGUAUACUAUACUACUGCUAUAGUCUACUAUACUACUGCUGUACUGCUAUAGCAUAAUAUACUACUGCAGCAGCACUGCUAGUCUACUAUACUACUGCUGUGCUGCUAUAGUAUAGUAUACUAUACUACUGCUGUGCUGCUAUAGUAUAGUAUACUAUACUACUGCUGUAAUCAUGUCUAUUGUGACGACCCUGUAAGGCAGGGAUGUCAAACUCAGUCCACAGAGGGCCAAGUGUCUGUGGGUUUUCCUUUCAAUUAAGACUUAGAAAACCAGUUGAGAGGAGUUCUGUGUACUAAUUAGUGACCUUUAAUCAAGGAAGGAGAGGAAGGAGUUUUACAUGUGCUGUAGUGUCUAAUAUUUGUGGGGCUGGUUCCCAGGAGUGACCUGGACACAUCUUAAGUUUAAUCCUGGACUAAAAAUAUAUUUCAAUGGUAGUGUUCCAUUGAGCAUGGUUUUUAGUCUAGGUCUAGAUUAAGCCUAAUCUAUGUCCCAGAAACCAUGAUUAAUUUUCUGUGGACCCCAGGAAGACCAGCAGUCACUAAGGGGUCAGCUUAUGAGGAUCCAAAUAAACAAAUUAAAUUAACAUAAAGUCAAUAACUCACAAUGUUGAACACAAAAUUUAAACCUUUGUAUGCUGCAAAAUGUGUAUAAUUAAAAUUAACUUUUUUUGCUUUCUUUACAGCACAUAC